GCGAGCAGGUGCUGCUUUUGGGUAACUGCAUUAUGAGAGGCCUCAAGCGUUUUCCGGACGGCGAGAGGGCGAGCAGGUCCUCCAGACAGGGGCAUGGCGUGCGUAGGUGUCGGCCUCCUUUCCUUCGUCUGGCGAUUCCUCCCAGUCCUUCAUGGAUUGCUGACUGCUUUGAUAACGUCAGGCUGGAUAAAGAAAUAUUUCACAUACCUUGGUGCCAUGGAUCCGGCCAAUCAGUCGAUGGCAGUCUUCUCGCUCAUAUUUUUGGCUGACUCCACAGAUAAAUCUGGCCAUCCGUCGAUAUCUGAGGAAACAGCAUCAUCGGAAACGUGGAAAAAUGUCCCCAAGUAUGCCUUGAGAACGCCUACAAGGAGGCAGUGUUUACACUGCCCCAUCCCGACUGCUUGUGCAGCCUUGCCAGAUCAUCUAUCUAACUUGAAUUGCUGUUGACCUUGAAAUAUAUCAAGAUUUACAAUUCAAUGUUUCGAUACAGUUGCAGCGAUACGCCCGCUUCGUUACCAUAUACCGGGUCUGAUGACCUGGGCAAUCUGGGAAAUCUGGUCCAUCCGCGGAAAGACGAUCAGUAUUCAUGUCGCUCUCCCGCCUCCCGCCCUGUGGCCGAGAAAAGGCGUCGUUGUCGGUGGCGAUACUGUUGU